CGCUAGGCCUGACUGCGCAGGCGCGAGUGCGAACGCCGGCGCGGUCCCUAUGGAGCUGCCGUAGCGGAGCCCACGCUACCGGGAGCGUCAGGGAUGAGCGCUGCGGAGGCCGACCACUGGGCGUGGCUGCUCGUGCUCAGCUUUGUGUUUGGGUGCAAUGUCCUCAGGAUCCUGCUCCCGUCCUUCUCCUCCUUUAUGUCCAGGAUGCUGCAGAAGGAUGCAGAGCAGGAGUCUCACAUGAGAGCUGAGAUUCAGGAUAUGAAGCAAGAGCUCUCCACUGUCAACAUGAUGGACGAGUUCGCCAGAUACGCCAGGCUGGAAAGAAAGAUCAACAAGAUGACAGAUAAGCUGAAAACUCACGUGAAAGCACGGACAGCUCAGUUGGCCAAGAUAAAGUGGGUUAUAAGUGUUGCCUUCUACAUAUUGCAAGCUGCCCUGAUGGUCUCGCUCAUUUGGAAGUAUUAUUCUGUCCCUGUGGCUGUGGUGCCAAGUAAAUGGAUCACUCCGCUAGACCGCCUGGUAGCAUUUCCUACUAGAGUAGCAGGAACAAAAGUGCACAGGUUAGUUCUUUGUUGAACCUGUUCUUGGACUCUGUGAGAUUCUUGUAAGAAUUAAGAAUUACGAUUUGUACCCUUGUCAUUGAGCCAGAAAGGUCAGCCUGUCAUGCCUGUGAACGGCCAACAUAGUAGCAGAUGUGUGAUGAGAAAUGUGUGAUAUUAUGGGCAUCUCCAUGUUGUUACUUGUGAUUUGCACUUGGGGCAUCUUUUAAAGGUCACAAUGCCAGGUGGAGAGUCACAAUUUUUAAUAACUUAAGUACCUUAAAGACUUCAUGCUCUUUUUAAUACAGAUUAGACAGCCACUUAAUCUCACUACAAGGAUUUGAAAAUAUAUUUUUUAAUCUCAUGCAGUAUUACUAGAAGAAUGACACUAGCUGACAUUGCCUGUGCUUUUUCCUUCUGCUUAAAUGUCGUUUGUUGGGUGAGCUUUUGCAUAGUGUUAUCUUCUUAUAUGAAGCUGUUGAUCUUUCAUUACUGUGUUUUAUAAGUGUAUUCAUGAGAUCACAAUGCAUUGUUUUGUGCUUGAAUUGUGUGUUUUGUAUUUAAAGCAUUUCAAAUGAAGUGUAUUUUAUAAGCAUUUAAUGUUUAUGCUCCAUAAAAUGGGACAAAGUUAAAAAACAAACUAGGAUUAAUUUAAAUGGAUACAUGUUUGGCCCAUAAAGUAUAAUUCUGCUAAAUAUUUUUUCAAACACCUUUUCUAGUUAAAAUCUUUGCAUGUGCUUGUGUGCCUUCCUUCCUUACAGCCAUUUAUUUGCUGUGACCAAUGUGUAACUGUGACAAGUGGCAGAGGGCUUUAACCGCUAACUGAGUGGGCCACACUUAGCUGGAAAGCUAAAUUCCACGACUAGUGUUUAAAAGACCCUACUUGUAUUCCUGUGUUCCCCAAUGAUCUAAUAAGUAGCUCAUUAUUUCUCUAAUUGUACUACGAAACACAAAGUGCUGUGUUCCUUUAGUGUGUCGUCUGCAGAGUGGGGUUCAGGUGCUCCCUGUCAUUCAGACUCACCGGGCACCAAGUUGACCUGGCCUGAAGAAAGGAUGCAGAACAGGAAACAGCCGCAUAUAGCAGACGACACCACAGAGGACUCAGCCACCAGCUUCCGCCGUCUCAGUCACCACACAGUGUACAUUCUGACCAAGAGGAAUGAGAAGCCAGCCUGUGGGGGAGUUGACAGCAGCCCAAGGCAGCUGCGGGGUCUGGGGUCUGUGACACGUCCCAGGCCUGACACCCAUUUUCAGGAGCUGCAGGCACAAAUGGCAGGUGGUGCAGUCUGCAGUUGGGCGGCCACGUGCAGCACGCCCAGGGACGUCCGUGGACACGGAUCGGCACAGCCCCUCCGACAAGACUCUUAUUUAUCUCCUAAGGAUCUACUCUUUCAGUUAACGCUGCUAGAAUUUUGAGAAAUCUCACUGAGGCCAGAGGAAAAGAUGUACAGUUCACAGCUGUUAGCCCCUUCCAUGUACAUGAAUAGUUUGUGAAGAUUCAAUAGGGUUGAAUGUCUGUCCUGUUUCACAUCAUUGUGGUUCCUUAAAAACUGUAUUUGUUUUUAAAUAGAUAAUAGACAUGGUACUGAAGUCAAAAGAUACAGAAAGGGGUACAAUGAAAAGUAUAUCUUCUGACCCUUUAUUGUUAUGUCACCCAAUUUUCCAAAGUUUCCCACUGUUACCAGUUUCUUAUGAUUCUUCCAAUGAUAUUCCAUACAUUGAUGAAUAUUGAUGUGUGCUUUUAAAAUAAAAUCUUUUAAAAUUAUAAAAGUAGUACCUAAAAAAAUAACUUUCCUUUUUUUUCUUUUUUUAAUCCUACUUGGAAAGUACAGAAAAGGAGUAACGAAGCACAUUCUCCCUCGAGAGCUAAGAUUGCUGGUAGCAUUUGUGCUUUUCCUUUUUUCUGUAUGUUUAUGGAUAGCAGUAGGUUUGUGUUCUGGUUAAAAAUACGGGGUAUAGCUUUAUAUGAAGAUAAGACAUCUGUUUGAUUUAAAAUAUCUAAGGCUCUCUUCAUGCCAAUUGUGUUUGCUUUAUACUUACAGUAAAUCAAGCAAGAAAAUCUUUUUAUAUACAAAUCCACAAUCAUUUUUGUAUGGGGUUAAUAGGACACUCUAGUUGCUGGCACAAGUUUGCUGAAAUGCUAGUCAAACUAGCCUUGUAUGGUUUUUCUUACACAUUCGCAACUGUGUGUGUGUGUCUGCUUGUGUGUGUGCGUGCUGACCUUCCCUUCCAAUUUAUUUGUAUUUUUGUGGACUGUUGAGAUUAUAUAUGAAGCCUUCUCUGAGCACCUUACAUGAUAGAAAUUCUUUUUCCUUCUUGUCUGAACAUUGUAAGUAUUACCUCUGUGACUGAUUUGUCAACUGCUUUGUGGUGUCUGCUGUUGUGUUGAUUUUUCCCAGUGUUUUAGAUAUUUUUUUGUGAUAAAGGGUUUCCUUUCCAGUGACGCUGCCAGUGCCAUCAGGGCCAGAGACGGUUCCUUAGGCUUUUUAUACUCCUCCCUGUGUUUCUUAAGUCAGAAUCCAGGAAUAUUUAACUAAAAAAAAAAUCACACAGUGGUUUUCCAUUAGGGCCGUGUAUGUAAAACCUCAGACCAUGAUGCUGACUGGCAGUUCUGUCAAUUUUUGCCUUAUGUUUUCAAAUUACUGUUAAAUGUAUUAUGUUUAGAACACAUAUCCUGGGGGAUUAAUUCUUUAGUGCCUUACAGCAGCCUGUGUUAUCUCUAGUCAUAAUUUUUGCCUUCAGGUUUGGGUUUUCU